GAAGAAUCAAUCAAUGCAUGCAGGGCAGGCGUUGGGCUGUCAGGUCAACGGUCAGCGGGGGCGACAUGUCAUCCGAUCCGGCGGGGAAACGGAGGCCGAACGCCUCAACGCGGCCGUCCAUCCAUCAUCUGAUCAAUCCCGUGUUACCGGUAGCAAAGCAUAGCAGCACGGGCGAGUCGGGGAAGAAGUGGUCUCGUCUCCCUCGCCCGCGUCCAUUUAUUCGGCAUGGUUGGUAGCUCGCCCCUCUACUAAUACUCCCUCCUCCGUCCCUUCUCUUCUCAACUCCCCCGGCCCAGCAGCAGCUCGACCCCAUUCCAUUCCAUCCUCCAGCUCCUGCAACGGAUCGAUCGCUGAUCAUCAUCAGGAGGAGGCGUCAACGGAUCGAUUGGAGAGCGAGGAGCUCGGAUUUGCAUGGUGUGGUAGACAAGAAGAAUAAGAUAGGCAGGCAGAUCAUGGCGAAGUCGUCGUCGUCCAAGAAGAAGCAGCAGCAGCAGCUGUCGGCGUGGCGGUUCCUGUUCGGCGGGUGCCUUGGCGGUGCCGGCGGCGCGGGCGGGAGCGGCGGGAACAAGGUCCGUCCCGGCCCGCGGACAACAACCACGGCGACGGCGAGGCACGCGCUUUCCCCGGCGCCGUCGUCGUCCCCGGCGGCGGCGGGGCUGCAGCAGCGGCUGUCGGUGACGGACGUGAUGAGCACGUGCUCGGACCAGGACCUGUCGGUGUCGCUGGUGGGUUCGAACCUGCACGUGUUCACGGUGGGGGAUCUGAAGGCGGCGACGCAGGGUUUCGUGGACAGCAACUUCCUGGGAGAGGGCGGGUUCGGCCCCGUGUACAAGGGCGCCGUGGCGGAGGGCGCCAAGCCGGGGCUCCGCGCGCAGCAGAUCGCCGUCAAGCUCUGGGACCCCGAGGGCACGCAGGGCCACAAGGAGUGGCUCUCCGAGGUCAUCUUCCUCGGCCAGCUGCGGCACCCCAACCUGGUGAAGCUCGUCGGGUACUGCAGCGAGGAGGAGCACCGGCUGCUCGUCUACGAGUACAUGCCCAAGGGCAGCCUCGAGAACCACCUCUUCAAGAAGUUCCCGCCCGUUUUGUCGUGGUCAACGCGGCUCAACAUCGCGGUCGGCGCCGCCAAGGGCCUCGCCUUCCUUCACGACGCCGAGAAGCCCGUCAUCUACCGAGACUUCAAGACGUCCAACAUCCUGCUCAACCCGGACUAUGAGGCAAAGCUGUCAGACUUUGGUCUCGCCAAGGACGGCCCGGAGGGAGACGACACCCACGUCUCCACCCGCGUCAUGGGCACCCACGGCUACGCCGCGCCCGAGUACAUCCUCACGGGCCACCUCACCGCGAAGAGCGACGUGUACAGCUUCGGCGUGGUGCUCCUCGAGAUCCUCUCGGGGCGGCGGGCGGUGGACAAGACCCGGCCCAGCCGGGAGCAGCACCUGGUGGAGUACAUGCGGUCGUGGCUCAAGGACCCGCAGAAGCUGGGCCGGGUGAUGGACCCGGACCUGGAGGGCAAGUACUCCACCGUCGCGGCCCACAAGGCGGCUCUCGUGGCGUACCAGUGCCUGAGCGGCAGCCCCAAAAACAGACCCGACAUGUCCAAGGUCGUCGAGGACCUAGAGCCGCUUCUCACUGUCACCGACGACGCACCUGGCGAGCUGCCGGCGGCAGCACCGGAGGACGUGAAGAAGGAGAGGGCGAAGAGGAGAGACGGCGACCGGAGAGAGAAGGGACGGCAGGAUAAAGCCGCCAGGUCCCCGAAGAGGGCUGUCCCCAGGAGGCGGGCGCCGGGGCGGAGCCAGGAGUUCUGGGAAUGGAAAGCGUAGUAGCACGGUAACGCAUAGGUUUUUUAACGGUGGGUGCACGUGUGCAUGCGUUGCUUCGUGUAGAAAACGAGGUGUAAAUGUAGGGUGGUGAUAGAUGAGUGUCGAUGGAUGGAGUGCGUACGUAGUGCCUGUAAUUGUUCGUCAGGGGUUGAGGAUUGCACCCCCUGUGCUCCGAGGCUGUAAUUCCUUUGUUUCUUCCUUUUGAUUCGAUUUACAUUUGGGCUUGGCCUCUUUCUCUA